GACUCAUCUCGCAGUCCACACAUCUUUGACUGAACGUAACUUCGGCGCGUCAAUGACGUUUGCUAACGCGCCUGCGCCGCAAAGUGUGACAUUUGAAUGGCAGAAAUGCCGUCGUUUAAGCUCCUAAACUGAGUUUAAAAGUCCCUCAGCAUGACGACUCUGAGGGCCUUUACCGCGGGGCCUCUCCGGCCGUCUCUCAGCUGCCUCCAGCUGAGACGCUGCUCUGCCCAGGCUGACGGAGAAGCCUCCGUGGGGCACAGGAGGAAGACAGCGGGCAGCAUCAGGGCUGAGCUGGGUUCUGGUCCAAGCUUUCAGGACUUCAUCAGAGGAGCUUCAGUGAAACAAACUCCAGUUGGUUUCGAGGAUCUCCCUGAAACGCCGAGUUAUUUGCCGGAGGAUCUGCAGGAGGGGAACUUCAGAAAAGUCUAUUUUGAAACCUACGGCUGUCAGAUGAACGUGAAUGACACGGAGAUCGCCUGGUCCAUCCUGCAGAAGAGGGGUUAUGAACGCACAGCUCAGCUCAGCGAGGCAGACGUGGUUCUGCUGGUGACCUGCUCCAUCAGAGAAAAGGCGGAGCAGACGAUUUGGAACAGACUGAAACAGCUGACGGCCAUGAAGAGGAAACGGAUGAAGACGCCCUCUCCCAUGAAAAUCGGCGUUUUAGGCUGCAUGGCAGAGAGACUGAAGUCGGAGCUGCUGGAGCGAGAGAAGCUGGUGGACGUUCUGGCCGGUCCGGAUGCGUACCGGGACCUCCCCCGCCUGCUCGCCCUGGCAGAGGGAGGUCAGCAGGCCAGCAACGUGCUGCUGUCCCUGGAGGAGACGUACGCCGACGUGAUGCCCGUGCAGCUGGCCCCGCAGGGCCACAGCGCCUUCGUGUCCAUCAUGAGGGGCUGCGACAACAUGUGCAGCUACUGCAUCGUGCCCUUCACCAGGGGGAGGGAGAGGAGCCGGCCGCUCAGCUCCAUCCUGGAGGAGGUUCGAAUCCUGUCCCAGCAGGGUGUGAAGGAGGUGACGCUGCUGGGUCAGAACGUCAACAGCUACAGGGACACAUCGGAGGAGCAGUUCUGCAGCCCAGACCCGACCAGGCUGAGCCGUGGCUUCCAGACUGUCUAUAAGCCUAAACAGGGAGGCCUGCGCUUCUCUGACCUGCUGGACCGGGCUUCACGGGUCAAUCCCACCAUGAGGAUCCGGUUUACCUCCCCACAUCCCAAAGACUUUCCAGACGAGGUUCUGCAGCUAAUCGCAGAGCGAGAAAACAUCUGUAAGCAGAUCCACCUCCCAGCUCAAAGCGGUAGCAGUCGGGUCCUGAAAGCAAUGCGUCGUGGUUACACAAGAGAGGCGUACCUGGACCUCGUGAGGAACAUCAAGAAGAUCAUUCCAGGCGUCAGCCUCAGCAGUGACUUCAUCUCAGGCUUCUGUGGAGAGACGGAGGACGACCAUCAGCAAACGCUCUCCCUCAUCAGGGAGGUGGGCUACAACGUGGGCUUCCUGUUUGCCUACAGCAUGAGGAAGAAGACGCAGGCCUUCCAUCGGCUGCAGGACGAUGUCCCAGCAGAGGUGAAGCGGCGCAGGCUGGAGGAGUGCAUCGGCGUUUUUAGGCAGGAAGCUCUGAAGGUCAACGCCGCCCUCAUCGGAAGCUCACAGCUGGUGCUGGUGGAGGGCGAAAGUAAAAGAUCCACAGAAGAGCUGUGUGGGAGAACUGACGGCAACAUGAAGGUGAUUUUCCCCAAAGAGGAGCCUGCAGGGGGCAGCAGCGAGGCGAUUGCAGCAGGAGACUAUGUUUGGGUGAAGAUCCUGUCGGCCAGUUCUCAGAGCCUGAGAGGUCGAGCGCUCGGUCUCAGUUCCCCGAGAGGAUCGGCUGACCAGGAACCGCUUUGACGGACAGCGGCGGCUCCUCACGGACGGAGAUGUUUAAACACACGGCAGGUGCUUUCCACAGCGUAUUCUGAGUUUGUCACACCUGAGAGUGACUUGAAAGACAGAACUUACAGGACGGAUAUAAAAAAAAAAAGUGAUGAAUCAGGACAUCUUGGAAAAGUCAGUCCACGUUUUCAGCUCAAGUCUGCAGCCGAAAGGGCUCUAACCUGAUUUUGGAAAGAGCGUGAUAUUUCUGAAAAGGUGAGUUCAUCUUAGGGGAAAACAAAGUAAAAAAAAAUGAAAGCAGGCGACAUUUAGAGGAAACUUUAGUUCUGGAGCUGUCUCACUCUUCCAGAAUUCUCCUUUUUCUGGGGAAGUUCUCAGGGUUUAGCCGGUGAACUGAACGUCUGUUCCGAUCAGCAAGUAGUCCUGCAGACAGCAAAGAUCGACAAGUGUGUUAACUACUGACACCAAAUUCAAUACAAUAAAUAAAUAUAAUUCCCUCUCUGACCUGCAUGAUCUGAAGCUGAGUGUUGACGAGGUUCAUGCUUCCGAGCGCAGGAAGAGGGUAACCUUUAGAAAGUUGAACUGUGAAGAAAAACAAACUCGUUUAGAAGACAAACUUUAAUUAGAAAGGCUUGUAAUAAAAUAAUACUGCUUUCCAAAGAAAUACUGUGAAAAACAUAAUAUGUAAACAUCAUUUUAUGACUUCCUGUAAAGGUUUUCCAGACUGUCAUUUUGGAUCAAAUUUGAAAUUUAACUGUUUUUCAGCUCUUAUUUUGUCAGCAAAAUGCACUUCCUGUCAUCCAACUCUGUGACUUCUGAUGCCCAAAUAAAUAAAAUAUAAAUAUUUAAUGAUUGUAGAUGAAAAAAAAGGUUUCCAUUUGCCAUGAAAACAUACAGAAAAAGGUACAUCGUUCUUUUGCUAAAUUUUCAGUUUCCCGUAUUCUUAGGAUAAAAUUAAGGCUUAAGAAAAGUUUGUAUUCUGUCAUAGCCAUGUGACUAUAUGUCAAAUAAUGAAACGUUUGCUAACUCACCGUUCACUGUAGGAAUUACAACCAGUUUCAGGAUGACUUGUAGGAUGUUGUCAAGGGAGUUGACCUGCGGAUAGAAUAAAUGGUUGGUUUUUAUCUGAAGUGCUUUCACGUGUAAAAAAAUAAAAAAAA